UUAAACCUUUGUGGUGUGUCUCGAAGCGACACCAUCAACCAUAUAUAUACCCACCCUCCAUUCUUAAAGCAUUUCACAACAGACAAUCAGAAAAUAUCGUCUAAAAAUCCUAACUGAUUUACGGGCUCUCAGCUUUUACUAUAAGAUCAACCAAAGGCGCAAGUUCAAGCUAGGCAGAAGAACAAAUCCAAUAUUACUUUACAAUGGAAAACCAAUGGACUUCGGGUCUUGGCAGCUGCACGGAGGACGUCGAAACAGCUUGCCUCACAUUUUUCUGUCCGUGCGUCACUUUUGGAAGGAUCGCUGACAUUGCCGACGAAGGAAGGACCGGUUGUAAGAGAUGUGGGGUAUUUUACGGGCUGAUAUGUUUUGUGGUCGCCUUACCUUGCUUGUUCUCAUGCACUUACCGGACUAAGAUCCGAAGCAUAUUCGGGUUACCAGAGUCUCCAGCUUCGGAUUGCCUCACUCACUGCUUUUGUGAAUGUUGUGCUCUUUGCCAAGAAUACCGUGAACUCAAAAACCGUGGUGUUGACCCUUCUAUUGGGUGGGAAGGGAAUGUGCAACGGAUGAUGGCCGCUCCUAUGAGUCAGCGGAUGAUGGGUUGAUUUCAAAGUUUUAUAAUUUAUGUUUUGCAUCAAUGAUUUAAAUUA